UGGUUAGUGGUAAGGGCAUCAUUCUCCUCCCAUCAAUAAAAUGGACGCAGCAAGAGGCUAAACCGGAGCUGAGGGUGCUCAGGCUUAAAAACGCUGGUUCGAUUCAGGCUUAACAUUGAAUCUUUCCAGUGGCAUGGAGCGCUGAUUUUACCUUGAGGCUGCAGAGGAAGGGAUCAAGAUUAAAGACAAAUUGUGGGACACGUGUACGGCGACGGAUCAUCAUCGUCCUGCCAUGUGAUUAGUUGCAAUUUGCAAAUCCCCCUUUCUCGUCACAUCUGAAUUGCAGUGAAGUGUACGGAAAUGGACGGAGGAACUCAGUACAACCUGAGAACAGUAGAGGAGGUCUUUAGGGAUUUUAAAGGCCGUCGGGCCGGCAUGAUCAAAGCCUUAACUACUGAUGUUGGAGAAUUUUAUGAGCAGUGCGAUCCUGAGAAGGAGAAUCUUUGCUUGUAUGGAUUCCCUGAUGAACAUUGGGAAGUUAAUUUGCCUGCUGAGGAAGUGCCUCCUGAGCUCCCAGAGCCUGCAUUAGGUAUUAACUUUGCUAGAGAUGGGAUGCAAGAAAAGGACUGGUUGUCACUUGUUGCUGUUCACAGUGAUGCAUGGUUAUUAGCGGUGGCUUUCUAUUUUGGUGCUAGGUUUGGUUUUGAUAAAGCUGACAGGAAACGUCUCUUCACUAUGAUAAAUGAUCUCCCAACAAUAUUUGAAAUUGUCACCGGAGGUGCCAAGAAACAGGGAAAGGAGAAGUCAUCAGUUUCAAAUCACAGCAGCAACAAAUCCAAGUCAAGCUCAAAACCAGUAAGCGGGACAUUAAUGCUUAAAAUUUUCCUGGUAGCUGGAGUAAAGUAUGGAUAUUGGUUAAUAGUAGUGUCAACGUCCAGAAGUGAGAGAGGCUCUGAAUCUGCUAAAUAUUCAAAGAGCCUGCAAGCCAAGGAUGAGGAGGAGGGAAUGGAUGAGGAAGAUGAAGAGGAGCAUGGGGAAACCUUGUGUGGUGCAUGUGGAGAGAACUAUGCUUCAGAUGAGUUCUGGAUUUGUUGUGACAUAUGUGAAAAGUGGUUUCAUGGCAAAUGUGUAAAGAUCACCCCUGCCAGGGCUGAGCACAUCAAGCAGUACAAGUGCCCCUCUUGCAGCAACAAGAGAGCACGACCUUGACAUUAAGGAGAUGCUGAGUUUUCACCUCAUGUAAUUCUCCCAUGCUCUUGGCAGCCAACUGUUUAGGUGGUCAGAUUUUCUGUGCUGGGCCAAGUUGGCCUGCUUAUGUAUCAAGUACUUUUCUAGGGGACUUUCAGGUGGAUAUAUUAGGAUUGAUAGAGUUUUCAGGUGCUGAACUUUUAUUCUAUUUGAUUCCAGAAUUGGGAUAUAUAAUAUUUCCAGUGUAGGAAAUCUUUGUCCCUGUUCUGUUGGCUACAUACUGCAUAGAAUGCGUAUUGUUUCUUUUUGCUUUAUUUGCGGAGGGACGGGUUGCAGACGUUUGAUUGAA